UUUUACCAUCAGUUCAAGCCCAAAAGGGAACAGAUUUGGUGUGACAUACACAGUGAUGAAGCUUGUAUGUGUUUGCAGUACACAAGCCACAGACGGUUAAGACGGCAUUACGCAAAUAUCAUAUGAUCCCUCUAAGAGAACAUGCAAACAUUAUGGAUGUGUUAUUUUUAAUGUUAUUUGGACAUUGUAAAACAAGUAGUAAGUAUUAUACAAGUAUUUAAAAAAAAUUAUAUAACCAUACAACUAAAAUGGUACAUGAACAACCAUUAUUCAUUUUGCUGUUUCUUACAGUGCAAACACAAUAACAAUCAAGACAAAACCCCUGUAGAAGGCUGUGGUCCACAAAGCCUCAAAACUCCACCGCAAUUAUGUUGCUGAUUGGCAAGGCAGCUUGCUUUAUGCAGACACAGCUGCGCUGAAGCAGGUGCAUUUGCUGCUUGUGUGUGGCUUCGCUAGAACAAGUCCAUCCACAGGCUCCUUCCUCUGUAGAACAUGCCAGAAUAACAAAGCAGACACAGCAGACUGCUGAUGCUCUGAGAAACUGCCACUUGGACAGGUGCGAGCGUUUAAUGUAAACAAAUGCUUUAACCUACCCCAUCAUAUGCGGCUCACCAUCAUUCGAUAUCCAUUAACGGACAUUUUGGCAGUUUUUAUUGGGUUCCAUCCAGCUGCCUACAUAAACAGGCUUUCAAAGACUUUAAGAGAUGCCAUUGCAUUAAAAUGUAAAUUGUUUCGAAAUGUCACACUGUGACAGCAAGCUUUAGAAAGCCUUGUUUGUGAAAAUCUCCCUUUAGCCUUUGCUCAUUAGCUUGUUUUAAGGUUACACAUAGGUUUGAGAAGUUAACUUUUGUUUGAGAAUGAUCCCUGUAGACUUCACUCUGGGGACCAUAAACUGUAAAAAGAAAAAGAAAAAAGAAAACGGAAUUAGAAAGAUGGAAUGACACGUCUCUACUUCCUUACAAAGCCAAAAGCCAAAAUGUCUGAAAUAUCGCCGCUGUCACCUUGUGUUGACAACAUCAUUUGUAGCCCGAGUCUAUGCUGUAGUGAUCGUGAGGUGGAGCAGCAGUAUCAAUGUCCUGCCCAGAUUCCUGCAGACCCAAUCACAAGCACACAAUCAUGACACCACACCACUUUUUUAUAGCAUCAAAACUAAAACCGAACUUACUAGAAAAACGAACAUUUGAACAUUCAUCAACUUAAAAUGAUAGAAACUAUCUUCGGGUAAAGUACAUUUGAAGUGUGAUUUGAUUUUUAGUUUGGCUCACAUCCCAUUCAUUCAUUUACAUGGAUAGGGCGGGGUUUAUGACUUAUAUUGAAGCCCAGCACUAGGGGGCAAGCUACAUUUUUUUGUUUGUUUUUAGGGAUGUGUGUGUCACACUUGGUGAGGACGAUGGGCACGAAUAUAUAGCUCUAUGAAAUAGCUCACAGCAGGGAUGUAUCUAAUAAAGGAGAAACAUCAUCACUUGUCACUUUAUUAGUGUGUGUUAAACUGCUGGAACUUAUUGUUUUUAAUGUUUUGCUGAGUGAUGGUUACAGUUGUCAUGAAACUGACAACGGCAAUGCUAUUUCUAGUAGACUCUCAGACACACACUUUUUCCCCCCCAUGGCUCUCUAUUUGUUCUGAUGAAAUCAGAAAACAUCAUCCAAACAAAUGUUAGAAAGUUAUAUUAGGACGGAUGAGAACUCAGAGUUCAGAGUUAUAUUAUUGUUCAUUAAAAUUUCAAUAACUGUCUAUCUAUUUAUAUUACAACUAAUAAUAAUAUGGAUAUUAUAACCUACUAAUAAUCUUCACCUUUCAGUUUUGACUUAGAAGUAUUCAACUACAUACUUGUUCUCCUGAUAAACUUACAACCCAAAAAGGGAUUUCGCUGUAAAGCCUUAGAAGAGUUCUGGGAUCUCCAAAAGACCUUUCAGUGAUCAGUUUAUCUACAGCUCAUCUGAUCAGUUCACUCCCUCUUUCACCAAUUGUUCCCUCUAUUGACAAAAAAUUUAUAAAGUGCAUAUGAUCUCACACAGACAACUACCACUCCUAAGAAAGGUCACCUUCUCCUUUGAGUAAAAUAGUGUGUGGUAAGUAGUUAUUCACACAUAAACGUCACUAAGGUUAAUGUCAAACCGUCUAAAAACGCACGGUGGUGUAAAACAUCUGUCACUGCAGAUAGCUAAUUAUUGUCUGAAUGUGCCUGAAGGUGUGUCAGAAAUUCUGUGUUAUCUUCAUAAAUGAUUGCCAGCAUGUCUCCACCAAGAAACACAAUUGCACAAUCGCCAAGUAAACACAUUGCAAUUCAAAAUGAUAAAUGGCCUGAAACAGAAUAAAAAGGGAGCAGAGAGAUGCGAUUUAUGCAUUAAUCAGUGGAGUACAGAAACAUCAAUCUAACUGAAGAACUGUCCAUUAAUUCCAAUCUUGAUGCCUCUAGACCCAGCUCAGGAUUGGGAUAAUAGCAGAUGGACAGUAUGGUCCAUCAGGCCUAAAGUCUUUAUAGUAGUGUCAAUAAUACUGGAGUCCCUUAUGCCUUCAGAAGUAAUGAGACAAAAGCCCCAACCCUGAAAGAGUAAUAUCAUUCAUUAUCCUUGACUAACAGGCUCUCUCUGGCUCCAGUGAGGGGCUGUUCCUGCAUCCUGCUGUCAUUAGCCCUAUGUCUUCAUGGACCGCUGAUGCAGAGCCAGUGUCUGGAUGGUGGAGGACCAUGUCUCUGGUGGACUGAACUGGACAAAUGUGGCCUGACCUCUGUCUAUAUAUACAUAUAUAAUAUGACUGAAUUCAUACAGUUGCAUUAGGUUGCAUCUAUAAGUCAUUUUUAGAGGUGAAAUAGAGGUAUAAUUUCUUGCCCGUCUUCCACUGUUUGGACAAAUAAAGUCCUGCGCAACUGCCAGAGAUGCCUCAAAGCAUACUGAUUGGAAGAAAUGCACAAGCCACACAUUUUUCUGUUUAUAGAGCCUACGGCCAUCACAGACACAAACGUGACUUCUCUGUAAUCCCAUUCCAGUGAUAUCAGUUAGGAUGUAGAGCCAAAAUGCAUUUCCUUACAAGGAAGGAAACAAUUGCUCAUUUUCACUAUUUACAGCAAAAACACAAACAUAAAAACACAGAUUAUGAUACUACAGAAUCACCCCCACAAAACAUCCAACCCACGUGCUUGUAAACCUUCGGGGAAGACCUCCCACACACAUACCCAUGUGCACACACUCUAAAGCGCAGUAGGUGAAUGCUAACCUCUGUGAACAUGCAGAGGUGAUAAACAACCCACUCAUGCAAGCAAACACAUAGCAGUCUGGCAACAUGGAAAAGGAUGCCAGCUGCUUCGCACUGAAAAUGGCAGAAAAUGAAAAGGAAACUUCUGUCCCUUGACCCAUGUAUUUACAUGUGGAUCUCUCAUAAUGAGCUGACAUGAAGAGAGAGAUACAAUGAAAACAUGGACAGCGCCAUUAUCAGCUUAGCUACUUUCUCUGUUUCAAGGCCUCCGGCAGGAAGAUGUUGCGUGUAUAUAUUUUUGCGCUAAGUGAGUGUGCGUGCAAGGCCUCAAAAUAAAUAACUGAUAGAAAAGGGAAUUGUUAGCAGGAUAAUCACAGGGGCUUGGGCUAAUUGGAGAGUGUUUUUCACCUUGUUGCCAAGUGCAAGAGCAUUAAAAAAUGGUAACCAGAGGGGAUGUGAAGUAUAGACCAGAGACAAGGGAGCUUGAACAGCAACACAAGACAGAUUGUUCCAUUUAUGAUAAAAUUCAAUUAACGUUAGACUUCCUUCAGAAUGAGGGGGAAAAAAUAACAGUCACAGAUGAAAAGCUAAACUGAGCUCUCCAAAGCCCAAAAGACUUUAAGGAGGGAAUUCAAUAAAAAUCAAUUUUGCCGUUUAUUUGCACAUGUAGUCUUCAAUGUUUUAGCAUCCAAAUUCAUUAAAUUUAUUAUGCAAAUAAUCUUAAGGUGCAAAUAUGCCUAAUAAAUGUCAUAAACGGUGCAAAAUGUACAUGCUGCAGACUAUUAAAAUCUGCCAUACUUUACAGUGUCGCUCCACUACUGCACCUAAAUAGACUCUUUAAAAUAAUGAAAAAAAAGAAAAGAAAAGAAUGCUAGACUAUGUCAAUCAAUUGUUUGAAAUUGCAAAAUACAUGAGGGUAUAUUCAAGUUAAUAUAUUCCCCAGUCAUCUCACUGGCAAAAGUAUUUCACUUUACCUGAAUUCAUUCCUAAUUUAUAGUCUACAUUUAACAAAUUCAUUAAUUUAAAGAUAUCUCAACUCAUAUUGUAAAUGUAUUAAAUGUUUUGCCACUUGGCAAUAAAAUAUCACAGACAAGUACAGCAUUUGUUCAGCGAAUUUGCCCCUUUUUUGGGUUUGAAUUUGGGUGAGAAACUGUUAUAUUUAUAUCUUGAAGUUUUAUAAUUUGCCUUUAUGAAGACAUCGAGUUAUGACUUGUGAUGAAAAUAUGGCCUUCAUAAGCAUGUUGAGUUUUUUCAUGGCUGUGUUUUUCAGUCUGUGCUUUUGCCACAGCCUGUUGGCUUGCUGCAGGAUUCUCUCUCUUCUCUCUUCUCUUCAUGCUGAAUUAUUAAAAAGCAUUUUGAUUCACUGAAUGAUUGUGAAUCUAGGGCUACUUCUCUUAGCAGCACAGUCGCAGUGCUUGUUUUUCGUUCUUCAGCUCCUCAGCUUUCUGCACCCUGUUUAGUCACGAAUCAGCCCUCUUUUUCAGAGAAUUGCUACCUGUCGAAUGGGGUAGGCGUUUUCCCUCCAAAUAUGUACCCUUGAUGUCUACCCCCUGCCUGUGUGCUGAGCUAUUUCUCUACAUCUACAUUCAGGUCAGCCUAUGGUGAGAAAUAAAUAAAUAAAACAAACAUAUAAAUAAAUAAAGUAAAAAAUAGAGAGAUCUUUUCAUUCCCAGAAUGCAUUGAGAACUGCUUCGAAAAUGGCACAGGAUUCUUAAGUAUUGUCCCUGGGGAUGUAAAACUCCUUCCCAGACUUUCAAUGAAAAAAGAAUAGAAAAUAGCCUUACACAUUCCUUGCUUUCCCUCCUUGCUACACACAUUUGCAGCCUAGUUGAUGACAGAGGCAUUACUAGACCCAUUUUAAAUACCGGUGUCCCAGUAAAAAAGUAUUGGUAAAUCUAUAUAUGUGAAUGACGAUUACCACAUACUGAUAAUCACAGACUGGAUAAUCAUUUUUUCUGAUAACAUUUAAAUAAUCAAGUUGUGUUUUUUCUUUCUAUAAACUCUUUGAAACAUAACUAGUGAUGCCUCAUUUGCAAAUUAAUCACUAUUUUCAUCCAUUUCUUCUAUCAUUUGUCAUGAUUUAUCAGCUCAUUAUCGCAUGUGCAAUAGUUCGUUAAAGCUGUGCAAAUAUCUGUAUUUACAUAACAUUUUGGGUUGUAAAAACAUUUGUAUUUGUUGCAACUGCUCAGCUGGCCCCCAGACAAUACCACCUGGCUGGUGGCCCCAGGUAAUUUGAGUUUGAGACCCCUGGCCUGUGAUCUUCCCCGAACUGAUGCAGAAUGCAACAUGCAUUGAUCAAAGCUGUAAGCACAGUGAUGCUCUCCAUGCUUAUGCUGUAUUCAAGUCAGUGAAGGGAAUAAAACAAGAUCCCUGUAGACAUUACGAUGGCUAGCGUUAAACAUAGAUAACAGAAUGUUGUUACUCGCAGAUGCUUGUACAAUACGGUACAUCAUGAACUCAAAGCAACUUGUUUGGCAAGCAGAUGCAGAAUUGCAUUUACUGAUCAAAUUAAACGCAUCUGUCACAUAAUGGGGAAGGAAAAAAGGCAUGAUGUGAGCAGCAGUGUUGUUUUAUGAGAAAACCGGUGGCAGUAGCGUUUCCUGAUAUUUCUCCAACAUGGCCCAAGGCUCUUUCUAUUGCAUGAACAUGAGGCAGUGAUAUGUCACAUACCUGUAGGAGUUCUAGAGGGGACAGAGGCAGCAUGGAAUAUUCUCAGGUCAACUGAUGAUUUCACAUGACAGUGACACAGUUUGUCCUUAAAAAAAGGAUUUUUAAAAAUAUAUGUAACCCAGUUAGGGUUAUUAUGUUGAGUUAAUGACAGAAUGGGUUAAUGAUGGGUAAAAUAAGCAAGUUAUUAUUGAGUAAAUAAUAUCUAAUUCAUGAGAAGGGUUAAUUUGGAAUACAUAAGAUGGGAGUACAUCAUUUAUGCUUAUGUACAUGUAUUAUUUUGUGUUUCAGUUGAGAACUAUAUUUUAAAGCACUGUUUCUUUAAGAAAUACGGUGAUACUUAAAGUUUGUAUGUAAUGCACUUGCAGAAAAUGUGCUUUUGCCUAGCAAGUUAGUAUUAUUUUUUGCUGAUAGGUUGAUGUUUUAUUUGUUCCCACCCUCAAGUGUGAGAGUGUGAUUCUGAUUGGAGGAGAAAAAAAAAGGUGAACAGAGAGGUACGCACGAGAGUGUUGUUGAGAUGGUGGAGAAGAAAAUGUACAUGUAAACGCUGUAUAAGUUGUUGAAACUUACAUUUCUUCAAAUCGGAGAGUUUAAGGACAUUCAUGAAAGUGUAUGCACGUUACUCUGCACGAGUAUAAGCCGGUUUUCUUUUGUAGUGUUGAGUUCAGUUGUUAAUGUGAGAAUACAUGAUAGAUAAUCGGACAUUCAAGUACACUGGACUGCAUUAAAGUUUAUUUUGUUUCAUCUAACAAGUCUUGCUGGAUCAACAAAGACCCAGAUAGCGUUCUAAAUCCCCGAGUGAUUUAGAAUUCCUCUGGCGCCGUGGGACAUGAUCAGCUCAACAGUGUCAGGCUGUGGCCUGGAGUUCCUGCUGGUACUCUGUGGGCUGGAGCUCUCCUGGUCCUGCCCACGUCACUGCAUUUGCUACAUGGCCCCCAGCACUGUCAGCUGCCAAGCCCACAACUUCCUGUCCGUCCCGGAAGGCAUUCCUCCACACAGUGAGCGCAUCUUCCUCCAAAACAACAAGAUCCAUCGACUACUGCGGGGCCACUUUAGCCCUACCACAGUCACUCUGUGGAUUUACUCCAACAAUAUCACAUAUAUCGAACCAACUACUUUCCAAGGGUUCACCUUGCUGGAGGAAUUGGACCUGGGAGACAAUCGCCACCUACGUUCACUAUCUGCAGAAACAUUUCAUGGGCUGGGCCGGCUCCAUGCCCUCCAUCUAUACCGCUGUGGCCUCAGUGCAUUGCCGAAUAACAUCUUCCAGGGUCUCCGCAAUCUCCAGUAUCUGUACUUGCAGGACAACCAUUUGGAGUAUCUGCAGGAUGAUCUUUUUGUGGACUUACACAACUUGAGCCACCUGUUUCUUCAUGGGAACCGUCUGUGGAGCCUGUACCAAAAUACGUUUAGAGGACUGGGGGCUUUGGACCGGCUGCUACUGCACCACAACCAACUUAAGUGGGUGGACCGCCUGGCAUUCCAUGACCUGCAGCGGCUCACUACCCUAUAUUUGUUUAACAACUCCUUGACGGAGCUAGCUGGAGAGUGUCUCACCAAGCUGCCUGCACUGGAAUACCUUCGCCUAAAUGACAACCCUUGGGAGUGUGACUGUAAGGCUUUAUCACUGUGGGACUGGCUCAAAAAGUUUCGGGGGUCCACGUCAUCAGUUGGUUGCGUGGCACCGGCAGAACUGGCAGGCAAAGAUCUGAAGCAACUGAAGAACGAGGACUUCCCAAAUUGUUCCGGAUCUGAGUCCCUGCACCAGAGUAAGACUAAGACUUGGCCAGGAACAGAGAAAGUCUCACUGAAGCAGGAGCCCCAUCCUGCUCAGCCUCCACAAACACACCCACACCACCCCCAACUGAAUGAACAAUACCCUUCUCCUCCCUCUCCCCUGCCCCAGCCACCCCCUGCCAUAAAUGGUGUACAAGCAGGACCGGGAGGGUCUCCGGACAUGGUCCCUGCUCAGAGGCCCGGCCGGUCUCGGAACUGCACACGACAGCGUGUCAGGGGCAGCAAGGGAAAAGGACCUAACGAGGUCCACAUCUUAAAGGAGAUGGCGGAUAAGGAGUACUCCUCUCCCGAUUUCACAGGGAAAUAUGAUGAAACAUCUGCUGAUGGUUCAAACACACGCAGAAAGCACAAAUGUACCCCCCGGACCUCUGUGCGUCCCCCUAGUGGGGUCCAGCAAGCCACCAACUGGGGACACUCUCAUCAUACACAUUUCUUUCUUUCUAGUAUUCUGGGACCGCUUGUGCUCAUUCUGCACUGAACUCUGAUGCUGGACCAUCAAUGCUCCAGCAUUCCCAGGCCUACUAAGUGUGUGUGUGCGUGUGUGUGUGUGUGUGUGUGUGAGUGAGUGAGUGAGUGAUAAUGUGUGCUACAUUUUAUGAGGAGCUUUGCCAUUUAGACUGAAAUUGAUGAAAACUGAACACCAGAUGAUAUAAAUUCCAAAUUUGGGUUGGGCAAUAAGAAGAAUAGUGAAGCAAAUCGAACAUGCUUGCACUGCCACUGUUGUUGUUGUUGUUGUUGUUGUUUUUUUCAUUGUUCUGUUUUAAAAAAAAAGAACAAUUACAAUUUCUAAAUUUAAAACAAUUUUAAUGAAAGAAAGCACAGAGAUGACCAAAUAAAGGUGUAGAAAGAACACGUAAUAGGAGGCACAAGUUAGCAACAUAAAUGGAGACUGUGUAUAGGAAGCAUAUCCUACUGCUUAAUUUUUCUUCAACAUUUCUAACAACAAAACAAACAUACAUUAGACUAUCAAAUGGAACGGAUGCUCCUAAUUGUAUAUGUACUUCGCUCGUUGUUAAAUAUAUCAUAUUAUUGCCAAAUAGAUGCACAAAUAUAUCUGUGUAUAUUCUCCUAUGUUCAGGAGUUUCAACAACUGGUAGGACUUGCUUUCUUCACUGUGGGGAUAUUAUUUAACCUCACAGAGUGAUGUGAAUCAACAAAUGUAUGAAAUGAAAAAGUGUUAUAAAAAGUCCUCCUAAACUGAAUAGCCAGAACAUGAGCAGAUACAUUCUCCUUACCUCAGAAAAGUUAUAGCCUAAAUAUAACGUUAUUUUUCUUUUUUUUAUAUUACUUAUUUGUUCCCCCUCACACCUUUCAAUAACUUCCUCUAAAAAGUGACUUCAGGUGAAUCAUUCUUGUUUUUGGAUUGUAUUGUUUUAUAACAGCACAUAAAAGCCAAUGGUUAAACUAGCUGCUAUAUUGUUCAUAGAAGCAAAUGAGACCCAUUUUACCUCAUCUGCUUCCAAAAAAACACUAUUUGUGUGUGUGUGUGUGUGUGUGUGCGUGCGUGCGUGUGUGUGUUCAGUAUAAAAAAGCUGUGAAAAAAAUAGAGUUGUGUUUGUUUCAUGUCCUCAGUGUUGUUUGUUUUUUUUUGGCUGUGACUCACAAAUGGACUGCUGAUCGGGGGCCGACACCGGAGGGGACACAGGUCUAAUUGAAGUGAACUAUAUUUUGAAAAGCACCUUCAGCUUAAGCCCGCCAUUGAAAACAUAGACACCUCUCUUUCUUAGAGUGGUGUGAAAUCAACAAGUUUUAACAAGACAGACAAGAAGAAAAGAAAACAACUAUUAGAAAAAUACACACACAAAAACAAAAUGUUUCUUUAAGAGACUUGAUGACAAAAAGCACAUUUCAAAUAAAAAAAGAAGACCUUUUGGAGUCAUGGGCCUGAUUGAUUUCCUCUACAGUGUCUGUAAAUGCAAAUAGGAGUCCAGGAGAGGGACAAUCCCAUGAACACUCGGGACACUAUGGAUUACAGUCUGCUCCUGUUCUAAGACACACUUUGUAAAAAAAAAAAAAAAAAGAGAGAGAGAGAGAGAACUGUAUCAUCACAAUCUGCAAUGGAAAUAUUUAUCAGUACUGACACUGAUAUCAUUAUGACAUUUUUAAUCACAACAGGAUUCCUGAAUCACUGAAGAACCUCUCUUCAGAAUGCAAUUAUUAUUUUUAUUAUUAUGAUUAGAUCUUUUUUCAAGAUUUUCUUUUGUUUACACAUUUGUUUGUUAUGUCCGAAGGGCCCAAUUUUCAGACUAAACUGCACAAUCCGGUCUCCCCUCAUCCCUCCCUCCCAUCCCUUUCUCUCUUCUGUGUAUCUCCAUCCAAGUGAUAUGAUGGUUUAAUGAGUUGUUCUCAAAAAAAAGAAAAAAAAAAGAAAAGAAAAA